AUGGAUCGGCGGCGUCUCCGAGCAAGCGAUACAAAAGGAAGAAACAAUGUUACAGUGCAUAUUCCUGGGAGAGGCGGCGACAACGACGGAGGAGAGGCGGCGGCGACGGUGGUGGCGGGGGUUUCUGGGAGUCGGGGAAUGGUGACGAUGAGGACUUCAUCCUGGAACUUGCCCUGUAUCCUGAAGGCGUCGCAGUUCUGA